UCGCCGCCGCCUUGUUAUCGUACUCGGUUUGUCGUUCCGUUCGGUUCAGAGCUGCGUUCGCCGAUUAGGGUGUGACCAGGGUUCGGUGACUGAGAAGGGUCUAGGUUCGUGUGCACCCGUCCGUUCGUGAGCUCUAAAAUAUCCUGCGGCGAAUGACGGCGUGCCUUGGGAAUACGUGCUCCCCGGGUCGAUAAAGAGAAAGGCAGAGUGGUGAAGUGUCAAAUUUGGUGUCCGUGGUGUUCCGGUUGUUGCUGUGCUAACCCCAAAAUUGCUUGAUCGUGCGGAGGAAAGCUCAGCGUUGCGAAUCAAACAUCACACGACCCCCGACCGAACCAAAGCAGUCUAACGUGGCCACUCCAACGGAACCACUAUGUCGUUUCGUGUGGUUAGAAGCUCCAAGUUCCGGCACGUCUACGGCCAGGCACUGAAGCGCGAGCAGUGCUACGACAACAUACGCGUCUCGAAGAGCAGCUGGGAUUCGACGUUCUGUGCCGUUAACCCAAAGUUCCUGGCCAUCAUCGUCGAGUCGGCCGGUGGCGGUGCCUUCAUCGUACUACCUCACAAUAAGGUUGGACGCAUAGCGGCGGAUCAUGCGUUGGUCGGUGGACACAAGGGCCCGGUGCUGGACAUUGCCUGGUGUCCGCACAAUGACAAUGUUAUCGCGUCUGGAUCGGAGGACUGCGUGGUGAAGGUGUGGCAAAUUCCGGACGGAGGACUGUCGCGAACGCUGACGGAACCGGUGGUGGAUCUGGUGUACCAUCAGCGGCGCGUCGGGCUCGUCUUGUGGCACCCAGCGGCACUGAACGUCCUGCUGACGGCGGGUUCAGAUAAUCUGAUCGUGGUGUGGAAUGUGGGCAUGGGCGAAGUGCUGGUGCGUAUGGACUGCCACCCGGACACGAUCUACAGUGCGUGCUGGAACUGGGACGGUUCGCAGCUGGUGACGACGUGCAAGGACAAGAAGAUUCGCAUCCUCAAUCCGCGCACCGGCGAAGUGCUGAAUGAGGCGCUGGCCCACGAAGGCUCGAAAGCAACGCGUGCGAUCUUCCUGCGCCACGGACUGAUCUUUACGACUGGCUUUAACCGUUCGUCCGAGCGGCAGUACUCGCUGCGGGCACCGGACGCCCUCGGCGAUCCGAUCGUCAUGGUCGAUCUGGACACGUCGAACGGUGUUAUGUUCCCGCUGUACGAUCCGGACACCAAUCUGAUCUAUCUGUGCGGCAAGGGUGACUCGGUGAUCCGGUACUUCGAGGUGACACCGGAGCAACCGUUCGUCCACUACAUCAACCAGUUCCAGACGCCCGACUCGCAGCGAGCCAUCGGUAUGAUGCCGAAGCGAGGCUGUGACGUCAGUACGUGCGAGGUUGCCCGCUUCUAUCGGCUCAACAACGGUGGGCUGUGCCAGGUGAUCUCGAUGACGGUGCCCCGCAAGAGCGAACUGUUCCAGGAGGAUCUGUACCCGGACACGCUUGCCGACGAAGCAUCCGUUUCGGCCGAGGACUGGAUUUCUGGCGUCGACGCCGAUCCGCAGCUCAUCUCGCUGAAGGACCGUGUUUUUCUCGUACAGGGCGGCUACGUGUCGCAGGCGCAAAGCACCACGCUCACCGUGACGAAGAAAUCGAACGUCCUCGACAAGAUGGGCUCGAAGACAUCACCGAAAUCAUCGGGUCUUUCGGCCAGUGGUGGCGGCGGUUCGACGGUCGCCUCGGCCAACGGUUCCCCCGUGACGGUAAACAAUGGCAACAGCACGAUGGGCGGCGGCGGUAGCACAUCGCCCGCAAGCAAUGGCGCACAACCGCAAAUCACAAUCAACGGCGUUUCGGAGCAGCAGUUAGGUGAGCUGAGGACAAAGUUCGAGGAAGAGUUCCGGAAGCUAAAGGCAAUCAUCGUGAAGCACGAGAACCGAAUCCGAGCACUGGAAGCGACGAUAAAGGUCAUCACCGACCGAGGGGUAUCCGAGGUGGAUGGCGGCGUUGGUGGAGGUGGGGGUCUGGUGGCCUCCACCAACAGUACCUCGUCGCCCUCUCCCGCGAACCAUCCGCCCGCCGUUCCGUCGCACCCGCCAACGAACGCCGGCGACGACGGUGGUCACUAUCACAGUGCCAUCGCUCCGGAUGAAGUUUAGGUGCCUUGCCCGCUCGCCUGCCUGCCUGUUUGCCUUCCUGCCCGUCCAUUUUCUCUACAAUCCUCGUUUUCCCAGCCUCUCGACCCUUCGCGGAGUGGACACUCGUUUGCUCCCGGUGGCGUUCUGUCGCGAAUUCGAGAAGCACAUAUCGCCUUUCAGCGCCUUGCGCGGCCGUUGGCCCGUUGUUAUGCCUGCGUGUGGCGCCGUCGCUUGCGCUUUUUAUCGGAAAGCAUUGCUGUAGCUGCUGCGCCCCGGUGCUUUGUGCUUGUACAUGAUGAAAUUAAACUACAAAACUGUGUUACUCUCGGCCACCGACCCACAUACCUCAGAGUGAUGGAUGUUGCCGCCCGAAAAGAAGACUGUUACCCUUCGUGGCAGCAGGAAGCACUUCGGAAACCGGAAGAGAGCAACGCAUAACGUGAAAGCGGCCAGCGCAACAGGACCUUUGCAACAGCAAAACAAAGAAUAAAAAUCACAAAUGCCUUCAACAUGCUUAAAGCGAAGUUAGAUAGGUAGAUCAUAGAGUGUGGCAGGAAGAGAGACGAAACGAGAUUUGUAAUUUAAUGUGCCCGGUUUCUUCGUAUUACUAACCCUACUCUCUCUCUCUCUCGAAAACCCGGCACAGGUCGCCCCGGGUUCACCGUGAGCACAGCGCAUAUCCACCUUGUUUCGCUUUUUGUAACAAAAUUUGAACUUUGUAUUUUAAGCUUAAGCUUAAGCAGAAUCCUGCAAAAGUGGGGCCGUUGGAGUAAAGAGUAACUGACUGUGCAUAUCGCCCGGUGUGUCACCCAAGGUCAAGAGCGACCCAGGGCAGGAUGAUAUCGGUAAAGCGGUAGAGAAUGGAAGAACGGUUUGUCAGCGCGCAAAACUAGGGAACAGAAAGGAAAAACUAUUGAACUACUGAAAAAGAGAUCGAAAGAGAGAAGAGAAAAACAAUAGCAGAGAAGGCUACAGUGUAUCAAAGAGGAAAUGGAAAGAAGUGAAACUUAUCAAAAGGGAACUGUCACAAUACAACGAGACUCAAGGGCACCGCCCGGGGGCCACUGAGCGCGCCGGUUUGGUGUGUUUGGUGGUCGCCCGUGUGGAGCGGAGCGCGAUUAAAACUUAUUAUUAAAUUAAUUCUUAUUACUUGUUUUUAUGAUUAGAAGAAUCAAACAAACAAAGAGAAAAAUCGAGCAGAAACACUGAAACA